GUGCGUUUGUGUGUGCCCAUUUUAAGUGACUGUAAAUGCCUUGCGGAACCAUUCGGUGCCGGGUAACUGCGCGUAGACGGACAUGUUUCUCCGACACACCUGUUCGGAGACGCAGCGUUUGAAAUGGCUGUCACCCUUCACACAGACCUAGGCGACUUUAAAAUCGAAUUGUUCUGUGAGCGCACGCCGAGGACAUGCGAGAACUUUGUGGCUCUGUGUGCCAGUGGGUUCUACAAUGGUUGCAUCUUCCACAGAAAUAUUAAAGGCUUCAUGGUUCAAACAGGAGAUCCUACAGGCACAGGCAAAGGAGGAACAAGUAUCUGGGGUCGCAAUUUCGAAGAUGAGUUCAGUGAGCACUUAAAACAUAAUGUGAGAGGGGUGGUCUCAAUGGCUAACAAUGGCCCCAACACAAAUGGCUCCCAGUUUUUCUUCACCUAUGCCAAACAGCCUCACCUGGACAUGAAGUACACAGUGUUUGGAAAGAUUAUUGAUGGCCUGGAAACCCUGGAUGAACUGGAGAAACUGCCUGUCAAUGAAAAGACGUUUCGACCACUGACUGAAACCCGGAUAAAGGAUGUGACCAUUCAUGCUAACCCUUUUGCUGGAUAGCCAACUUGGACUUGAAAUUGGCAGAUAGGCCUUGAACACAGCCAUGAACUCUGAAGUUUCCCAAUGAGCACAGUGAUACAGUGUAUGGUACCUUGCCAAAGUUAAAAUGGACAACUUAGAGAAUAGAAAUUGGAAAGAAAGCUCCCAGACAUCAACAAUUGAUAGGACACCGACUGAGGAUGUGAAAUGCUAAGUUGUAUUAACAAAAUUAGGGUUUAUACACCAGAAUUUUCCAAAUAAGCAUGACCUAGAAUUUAAUUGUCAUUUUGGGUGAAAAAUAUCUAAUUGCUUUAAUAACUAAACACCGUAGUCACUGUCUGUGAAGUAAUUCCAAAUUUUACAACUUCAUGAAAAAUCCAGCAGUCUGAUCUCAACAGCUUGUAGCUACAUCUGUGAUUGUAAAGUUUGAGAAAUGGUUAUUCUCCUUUUAAACUCAUAUCAACAUGUCGCAGUCACUGUAACGAAGGAGUGCGAGUUAUUCGUAGCCUAUCCAUUUUCAUGCAUUCACAUUUAACACCAUAAAAAGAAAACACGUGGCUUUAUACGGCACUGCUGUAGGAUUUGGAUUUUCUUCAACAGACUAUGUAAAUAAAUUGCCAAUGUUUUGUACGAAAUAAAGCUUUUGUAAAUAA